AAAUACAAAGUCUUCCUUGACCCUCCUCCACUCCUGUACAGACAUGGUUGCACCUGCCAGACCUCAGUUUGUUCUCUUCGGAUCUUCCAUCGUUCAGCUUAGUUUCGGCCAUGGCGGUUGGGGCGCCCAUCUUUCUGACAUCUACGCUCGUAAGGCUGACAUAGUGUUGCGAGGAUACUACGGAUGGAACUCUCGACGUGCCCUCCAAGUGUUGGAUCAAGUUUUCCCAAAGGAUGUUGCAACCCAACCUUCUCUUGUGAUAGUUUAUUUUGGAGGUAAUGAUUCCAUGGGCCCUCAUUUCUCUGGCCUAGGCCCUCAUGUUCCUCUUCACGAAUAUAUUGAAAACAUGAGAAAGAUUCUGAUUCAUAUUCAGGGUCUUUCUGAAAGGACACGGAUCAUCGUUCUCAGUUGUCCUCCUGUCAAUGAGGAAAAAGUGCGUGGAAACACUAGUGGAGUUCUUAGUGAGCUGGUAAGAACGAAUGAAUUGUGCCAAAGCUAUUCAGAAGCUUGUAUUAAGCUAUGCAAGGAACUGGAUGUCAAAGUUGUUGAUCUUUUUAAUGCAUUACAGAAGAGAGAUGACUGGAGGAAUGUUUGUUUUACUGACGGUAUCCAUUUAGCAGCGGAGGGAAGCAAAAUAGUGGUGAAAGAGAUACUGAACGUGGUUAAGGAGGCUGACUGGGAGCCAUGCCUCCACUGGAAAUCUUUGUCCACUGAAUUUGCAGAAGACUCACCAUAUGAUCUGGUUGCUGCUGAUGGCAAAACUACAUUGAAUCCUUCUGAGUGGACUUUUUACAGAGAGAUUCAGUGGGAUUAGGUUGUUUGCUUAUUGACUUUAAUAAUAUCUAUUUGCUCUGACCUCCAUCCAGGAGUCAACCUGUCUGCCAAAUCCUAACAGUAUUUAGCAGAUUCCUAUAUUAUUUAAGUUUUUUU